AUGGCGUCUCCGUUGUCGUUUCCCGACCACCCCAAGCGAGACUCCCCAUAUGAACCUGCGCCAGCCGCGACCUUGGACCACCCGCCGCCACCUUCACCCUGCCGGCGCCUCCACCUAGAAGGCCAACGGGUUAUGGGCUACCCUCCGGUGAUUGGAUACCCGCACCCUUACCACGAGCCGCCGCAGCCCUCCCCCGAUCCUACCCAGAGACUCACCGGCUCGGGCUUCGCUCGCUGCAUACUGGCGGCGUUUGUCAUGAUCGUUGUCCUCCUGUGCACUAUCAACAUCAUCGUUGACGCGGUCCUGCGGCCAACGCUCCCCCUCUUCAUGAUUGCUUCGCUCUCAGUCUCCGACUUCAAUGCGUCAGGCUCAGUGUUGACGGCGAUCUGGGAGACAAGCGUCGCUGUGGACAACCCCAACAGCAAGCUGAAGGUCCAGUUCGAUAAGGUACAGUGCUCCGUGUACUUCAGAGAGCCGAAGGACUAUCUGGCACGGACGACGGUUGAGCCGCUCUUGGUGGGAACGAAGGGCAGGGGGGUGAUUGAUUUGACGAUGGCGACUGCAGGUACGGAGGGGUGGCCGGAGAGGACGGUGGUGGAAGACAUCAGUUGGGAGCAGCGCUCUGGGACAGUGAGCUUCGCGCUAGAUUUGGAAAUGAUGUGCACGUUCCGGCACGGGUUGUGGUGGACGAGGUACGUCCGGUUUAGGGUUUAG